GUUCGGUCUCCCUCCCUCUCCCUCCCUCUCCCUUCCUCUCCCGCCCACUAGUUGCUUUCUGCUGAGUGUUGGUGGCGAUAAAAAGAGCAAAGAGGAGACGGGGAGACGGCCUAAACCGAACUUUUUUCUGUUGUUGCACGUUGGCUGUUGCAUCUUCUAACCGUGCACUUUCACUCUCAAACGACAACUAUGCUCCGUCUGACUGCAGGGCGCGUGGGAAGCCUGGUGGCCAGGCGUGCGACUGUUGCCUUGACUACCAGCAGCGCGAGGAUGGCUAGCCAUGGUCACGAGGUGUCAGAGGCAGUGGACAUGUCUAAGCCGAUGUACUGGGACCGUCGGGAAAUCCCCCUUCCUGAUAAACGCUACAAAGACAUCCUGACCCCUGCUGACAAGAGCCUGAAGGAGAAGGAGAAGGGACCCUGGGGCCAGCUGAGCAACGAGGAGAAGCUGGCCUUGUACCGGCUCUCCUUCUGUCAGACCUACCCAGAGAUGAAACAGUCGUCAUCAGAGUGGAAGACUGUGGUGGCGGGGGUGUUGUACUGCUUAGGCCUGACGGGCCUGGUGAUCAUUUGGCAGACAGCCUACGUGUCCCCUCCAGCCCCCAGGACCUUUGACGCUGAGUGGCAGGCCAAACAGGUGAAGAGGAUGUUGGACAUGAGGGUUAGCCCCAUCGAGGGCUUCGCUGCCAAGUGGGACUAUGAGAAGGGCCAGUGGAAGUAGAGAGAGCUGACCUCCAUGUGUUGAAGAUCUGAAUGUGGCAUUGAUACAGAAACACUAGAAGGAUAGAGCAACUACACAUUUCCCGUUGGCCCCUAUAGCUCUUAGUCAGGGGCCUCUUCUCGAACCACUGCAGCCUUGUAUCCGUCCUAUUGUGACCUUAUUAUAAUAAUAAAAAAGUUCUGCUUCUGC